AUGUCUGAAGCCAUCGCCACUAAGCUCGAGGAGCUGGGAAAUCUUUAUUGCGAUACAGGUGAUACAGAAGUCGGUCUUUUACUGAAAGAACUCGCUCGUUCUCCAGAUCGCGCUCGUUCCCUCCGUAGCGCUCUCCUUGAAAAUACUUCUCUUUAUACAACCAAUAAGCAUCUCGAAAAUAGCGUUGAGAGUUCCUCACACAAUCCCUCUCAGCAAUUAUUAGAAUCCAUAAUUUCCACAGAUAAUAAACAGCUAUCGAAGCAUCAAAUAGACAGAAUUUUGGAUAUCACUCGGCUAUGGGAUCGGGAUCCGCAAGAUAUCUCCUAUCUCAAGGUGAUGAUAUCCAAAUGGUCUACUGAACCUUCUUCCUUUUAUGGACAGUUGAUAUAUGAACAUAAACCAGAUCAGAUUAGCCUUCUCAAACUUUGCAUUGAACAAUAUAAACAAAUUGAGGAUGAGGCAAAGGUUAAUUCAAUUCGAAGAAGAGUUAUUCUAGUUAUCAUCUUCGAGGCUGUCAAGAAAGAAAAACAAGAAUUACUAAGAAAGUCCAAGAUGAAGAAACGAAUUCCCUCUACAGCGAAUUAUGCUCAACCACUUCGAUCUCAAGCAAUUGAUGCCUUGGCACAUCGUUUAUGGGAUUCACAAAAAGUAUCACCAGAGGAUUUUUCGCAAAAAAAAACAAGAUUACUGCGAAUGGCACGUUGUGGUGAAAAAUGGAGCGUUAUUAAACCUGCAGGACUCAUAUUAGGUUUAGAAGGUAAUUCUCAAUCUUUUGAACAGAAAAAAUGGUCAAUGUUGGAGAUUCAAGCGAUUAAUGAGCUACUUUGCACCUUCAAAAUAUAUUCGCUCCUACCCACCUUAGAAGCCGCCUUUCAAACCAUCAAAGCACAGUGUUCACCUACUAUUACAGCAACUGAACAUGAGACUGUUCGAUAUCAAUCUCCCGGGAAUUUUCCGGAACAAUCAGUACAACAGAACGACCACUACCCUCGAUGGGACGCUAUACCACCACUACCCAACCCGCACCCAUCCACCACUGGUCGCGAACCUGCCAUCAAUACUAAUCCUGCCAACUUCAAUAGCAACCCUAUUUCGAUAGAUGCAUUAUUGAAUCCAGUAGAUUAUAUUGCCGGGUCUACACAGAGUCGGCAGUUGGCGAUUGCCAGAAACUUACCAAUUCAAAUCACCAAUGGAGCGGUACUCAGUGGUUAUGGACAGGAUUCUACCGCUGGUGAACAUGCUGAAUUUGGAAGCAGCAGAGGGAAAAAAAGAGGUUUAGAGUCACAAACCGAAGCGCGGGACUCACCUAGCAAACAAAGGCGCAUCCAUUCAUUUUCAGGUCUCGAUUCAUCCCUAUCCCAGUCGUCAAAUACGAGAAGCGCUUACCAGACUGAGGUCAUCGGGACGAAUAUAGCAAUAAUGGCCGAGGUCUGCAAGCUAGAGAGUCCUCUUGGAGUUCAACUUUUCAAAGGUAUGGAUGCAACCUAUAUCAGAGAUCUAGAGAAGCAGACGCGAUGUUGGAAAUUUACCGAUGCUGUGCGUUUGUAUCUUCCAUCUCCCGAAGUGAAGGAUUAUAAGUUAGAGGUCUGGAUAUGUCCAUCGAUCGGGAAAGUUAUUUCGCAAGCGAAAGAAUCGGCAAAGGACUUGAGGGAUGUACUUGAUGAAUAUCUCUUUGAUGCUGUGAACACUAGCGAUUGGAAGAAGGAACAAGAAAGGAACGGAUUACAAGGUUUUGCCAAUGUUGUUACUGUGUCCUUCCCCAAAGGAGAUGGUAGUGAUUGCAAGGUUGAGAUAAUAUUGAGUGCUGAAAAGGGGUCAGAGUUUUAUGAAAAUGUAUUUCCUAUUUUUGAUUGA